GAACUUCCGGUCUGAGAUAAAGACACACGCGGAUCUAUCGAGAAAAGAACGCGAAUAAUUAUAAAAAUAACUAGAAAAGAAAGACUUAUUUAGUAACUUUACAUUGUUUGAUUAAUAAAAAUGUCCAAUAUCGGUGCUCCGGACUCUUGGGAAAAUCAAGCCGAUGUCAUAGGUGAACAAGGUGCAAAAGAUUCCAAUGAUGUGUCUACAAAAUUUUCCACGUUGAAUGUAAAUGCCGUGGAGUUCGUGCCUUCUUUUUGUAUGCCUUCUCAGGCAAACGAAACCUCCGAAUCCCCCUCAUCACCACAAAAAUCUGAAAGCGGUUCUACGAAUUCUGCUGAUAGUCCCGUCCUGAACGGUUGCGGACACGGCGGCGGCGGCGGCGGCGACAGCGGCGACGGCGCGUCGGCGUCGCCGCGCGUGGAGGAGCCGCCGCCCGCGCCCGUGCCGGAGCCGCCGCCCGCGCCCGCGCCGGCCGCGGCGCCCGUGCCGCCCGACGUGUCGCCCACGGUGGACAGCUGGGAGGCCGAGGCCGACGACGCGCUGCUCACGCCCGAGGACAACAACGAACCCGACGAGGAGGAGAUCGAGCAACAGGUUCAGACCACUGAAAAUGAUGAAUUAGGCGAGUUGGCAAAGAAAGUCCCCAAGAAGAAACCCCCCAGAGUGGAAGACACCCGGAGCAAGAAGGAGCAUGUGAAUGUUGUGUUCAUCGGCCAUGUUGAUGCUGGUAAAUCGACAAUUGGCGGUCAAAUUAUGUCCUUAACGGGCAUGGUAGAUAAAAGAACUCUGGACAAAUACGAAAGAGAAGCGCGAGAGAAGUCCCGAGAGUCAUGGUAUCUUUCUUGGGCGCUCGACACCAACCAGGAAGAACGCGACAAGGGCAAAACCGUGGAGGUGGGGAGAGCAUACUUCGAGACUGAGAAGAAGCAUUUCACGAUCCUCGACGCGCCGGGCCACAAGAGCUUCGUGCCCAACAUGAUCGGUGGCGCCGCCCAGGCCGACUUAGCCGUGUUGGUGAUCUCAGCGCGUAAAGGUGAAUUUGAGACUGGAUUCGACAGAGGAGGGCAAACUCGUGAGCACGCGAUGUUGGCCAAGACUGCUGGAGUGAAGCAUUUAGUAGCUCUUGUUAACAAAAUGGAUGAUCCCACUGUGAACUGGGAUGAGAAGAGAUACAAUGAAUGUCGAGACAAGAUUAUGCCUUACCUCAAAAAGCUCGGAUUCAACCCAGCUAAGGAUCUCUCCUUCCUACCCGUGUCCGGCCAAACUGGACAAGGCUUAUUGGAAAGAGUAUCGGAGGACAUCUGCUCGUGGUACCGCGGGCCGUCGUUCAUCCAGCUGAUCGACGAGCUGCCGUCGCUCAACCGCAAGAUGGACGGGCCCUUCAUCAUGCCCGUCGUCGACAAGUACAAGGACAUGGGCACCGUGCUCAUGGGCAAGGUCGAGGCCGGCACCACCAGGAAGGGCAGCAUCCUUUUCCUCAUGCCCAAUAGGGUGCAAGUGAAUGUUGAUCAGCUGUGGUCUGACGACAUUGAGGUUACAUCCAUUGGGCCUGGCGAAAACGUUAAAGUCAAGCUAAAAGGCAUCGAAGAAGAAGAUGUCUCGCCUGGUUUCGUGCUCUGCGACAUCACAGAACCCAUUACUACUGGAAGAGUGUUUGAUGCUCAAGUUGUGAUUUUGGAGCAUAAGUCAAUCAUUUGUGCGGGAUACUCGGCCGUCAUGCACAUACAUUGCGCCGCCGAAGAGGUUACUGUUAAGGCACUAAUCUGCCUGGUGGACAAGAAGACGGGCGAGAAAUCGAAGACGCGGCCGCGCUUCGUGAAGCAGGACCAAGUGGCCAUCAUGAGGAUAGAGUGCGCCGGCAUCAUCUGCUUAGAACCAUUCAAGAAGUUUGCUCAAAUGGGCAGGUUCACAUUAAGAGACGAGAAUAAAACUAUUGCUAUUGGUAAAGUCCUAAAAGUGAUUGAGUAAACUGGCACUAUGAUUUGUAAUUUAGCUAGGAUAGGCCUUU